AUGUCAGUUCAGUUUGACGGUCAGACGAUUGUUAUCACAGGCACUAGCCACGGGUUCGGCCAGGAUUACGCCACCUGUUUGGCCAACAGGGGUGCCAAUAUUGUUGUGCAUGGCGACAACAAUCAAAGUUUUGCCAAUCACCUGGUCACGACAAUCCGAGCUGCAGGAGGAAAUGCGAUAGCCAACUUCUCCCCGCUGAACGAUGGGGAUACCAUAGUCGCGGCCGCCAUAUCGGCGUUCGGACGAAUCGAUGCAUUGAUUAACAAUGCCAGUGAUGGUUUGAAUGCAGACUGGGCGGCUACGGAUCAAGAUGUGUGGGAUUCUCUGCUCAACUCAACUUUCAAAGGCUCGUACAAAAACGUACGUGCUGUCUGGGCCUAUUUCAAAAAGCAGCACUAUGGGAGAAUUCUAUGUACAGCUUCGAUUGUGAGACAAGGACAACCGAAAUGUUCACCGCUCCAAUCGGCGGCAACGUAUGGUCAACUCGGUUUCAUCCAGACGCUGGCUAAAGAGGGCGCAAAAUACAACAUUCUUGCAUCCGUCCUGGCCCCAUCUGCGUCAGUUUGUUUGAUCCAAGGUACCCGGGAAUCUGAAUCGGAAAGAACGGCAAAAAUUGUCGCGACGUUGAUUCGCCCAUCUAACACGAAAGAAUCUGGUCAUCUGUACGAGGUGGAAAACGGCCGAUGCAGCAAACUUCGCUGGCGACGGUCGUCUGGUGCCUUAGUUCGCCCAGAUUCAUCCAUGACUCCCGGUGCGAUCUUGAAGAAAUGGGAGCAAAUCAAUGACUUCUCGGAGCCUGACUAUCCGUCAAGGACGGCCGAUCUCCAGACUCUGCUGGCUCAAGCGAAGAAACUGCCACCCAGCUCGUCGGAAGAUGACGUUCGAUUAGAUGGCAAAGUUGCGUUAGUGAUAGGAGCAGGUUCAGGACUUGGUCGAGCGUACGCGAAGUAUUUUGCCAGCCUCGGGGCUCAUGUCGUAUUGAACGACCUCAAAGCACCAACCAGUGUGGCAAACGAAAUCCGACAGAGCAAUGGAGACGCCCACACGGUAACCUGCUCAGUUGAGGAAGGCGAAAAUAUCGUCGCAGAAACCAUCAACGCCUAUGGCCGGGUGGACAUUGUGGUCAAUAACGCCGACUUUGUACGCGACAAAUCGAUCGGAAACAUGACUGAUGAUCUCUGGGAUUCCAUCACGGCUGUCCACCUCAAGGGCACGUUCAGAGUGACCAGGGCGGCAUGGCCACACCUCGUCAAGCAAGGCUACGGUCGGAUCAAAUGUGCGCUCAUUGGCUUCUCAGAAGCUCUCGCUCGUGAGGGUGCGCAACACAACAUCCUGGUCAACACCAUAGCACCCGUUGGAAGUACGCCGGCGCUGGCUGUCGCGGUGCAAGGAAGCAGCGCAGAUUUCCUCCCAGAGUAUUGUGCCCCUUUCGUGGCAUUACUAUGCUCUGACGUCGUUCCUUAUCCUUCCACUGGAGCCCUAUACGAACUUGCAGCUGGUUGGCAUGCCAGAACUCGACUUGAAGCCAGCCAUCGGGGAAUUAUCUCAUACCCAGAAGAGUCCAAGCAUGGCCUGAAAGAAGUGGCCAGACUCCUACCUCCGUCUUCCGUGCUGGCAAGAAUCGAAGACGCAAAAUCACGUCGCAUCCAGGGAACAACAUUCGAAUAUACUGAGAGAGAAAUCCUCCUAUACAACCUCACCCUCGGCGCUCGCUGGACGGAUUUGCCCCUCGUCUACGAGAACAACUCUUCCUUCCGAGCGCUCCCUACGUUCGGGGCCAUCCCCUACUUCAACACGACCCUCCCAUUCAGCGACGAAGAACUUCUCCCCAAAUACGACCCAACCAAACUCCUCCACGGCGAGCAUUACCUUGAGAUUCGAAAAUAUCCGAUCCCGACGAGGGGGAAGUUAGUCACGUACCCGCGGCUCGUUGAAGUAAUCGAUAAGAAGAAAGCAGCGGUCAUCGUCGUGGGGUAUACCGCACGAGACGCGAUCACGGGGGAAGACAUCUUUUACAACGAGGCAUCAGCCUUCGAGGACCCCGUCUCGCAGCCCGGACGCGUGCGCACAGAACAAACCACAAACGAACAAGCCGCGCUGUACCGGCUCAAUGGCGACCGCAACGCCAUGCACAUCGACCCUGUCAUCAGUCGCCAGGGUGGCUUUUCCCGCCCCAUCUUGCAUGGCCUGUGUUUCUUCGGAAUUGCGGGGAGGCAUGUCUAUCAGCAGUAUGGGAUGUUCAAGAACAUAAAGGCGCGGUUUGCGGGGACGGUGGAUCCGGGACAGACGCUGCGGACGGAGAUGUGGAAGCAAGAUGGAAACGGGGAUGUAGUGCUGUUCCAGAUGAAAGUGGUGGAGACAGGGAAAGUGUGUAUUAGCGGUGGGAGAGCGACGUUGUUGGGGACAGGAGAAACGGCAAGGAGUAGAUUGUUCGUAACCCAGACACCCCGAUCUGUAGCGUCAUGUCUAGUCCACGUUUCGCGCGCUGCUCCAAAUGGAGUAUUCUCAAACGUCCCUGUCCUCAAGUCCAAAGCAAUUGUGCUCUGCCAUGUCAGUGGGAAGAAAGGGGAGGUCUCCUACCCGCUCGAAAAAGUCCUUCUCCCAAUGGCUUCUCCGCUAGGGAACCAACUCCUCAUCCGAAUCCUAGCAGCGGCCUUCAAUCAUCGCGAGGUGUUCCUACGUCAGAGCCUCUAUCCCGGGGUCACGUUCGGCGUGCCCAUCUGCUGCGACGGAUGCGGCAUUGUCGUCAGAUCAGGUGCGGCCGUCUCCCCUCGCUGGCUGGAUCGACGUGUCAUUAUCAACCCCGGACUCGGAUGGGACAGCGACCUUCACGCCCCGGAGUCAGAGCGCGGGUAUCUCACGCUCGGAGCCAGUGCUGCUGGCACGGGAACGUUGCAGGAGUAUAUGCUCGUUGACGAACGGGACGUUCUCCCCGCGCCGGAGCAUUUGAGCGAUGUGGAGGCCGCAGCAUUGCCGUCCGUCGGGCUAACGGCUUGGAGGGCGCUAAUGGUGCAGUCGAAGAAUGCUGCGCCAGGGCAGAAUAUUCUGGUGACGGGGAUUGGAGGCGGGGUCGCGCUGAUGGCGAUGAGUCUGGCUCUUGCGGCGGGGUGUAACGUUUAUGUGACGAGUAGCCGUCAAGAGAAAUUGCACAGGGCUAUGGAAAUGGGGGCGAAGGCCGGAGUCAGUUAUAAUCAAUCGGACUGGGAGAAGAAACUUGCUGAGUUUCUUCUCCCUGAACGACACAAGAUCGAUGCCAUCAUCGAUGGCGCCGGAGGAGAUAUCGUGGAUCGGGGAAUCAAGCUGCUCAAACCGGGCGGGGUGAUUGUGUCAUAUGGAAUGACUCUGGGGCCUUCGAUGCCUUUCAGCAUGAAAGCGGUGAUCCGACAGAUCCACGUGAUGAGCUCGACGAUGGGGUCGAGGAAGGAUUUUGCAGAUAUGGUGGACUGCGUGCGCGUGAAUAAGAUUCGACCUGUUGUGUCACGGACGGUCUCGGGGUUGGAUGAUUUGGAGCAGAUGGAGGAGUUGUUCGACGAGCUAGCCAAGGGAAAGCAGUUUGGGAAGCUCGUGGUCGAAGUAACGAGUCCGCAAGCAGAGUGUAAGCUCUGA